UAAAAGGCCACAAAAGGCACGUUGUGACGUCACACACGCUUUAAGAAACAUGGCGCAGCCGAAGUAACAAGUGUCAAAAUAGACGAGAAGAAAUCCGUAAGCGAUUCAUUUCGUUUCAUUCGGUCGGAUGGUUAAUGUUAAACGCGUCAAUGUUACCGUUAUUUUCGCGUGAAAUAUUUUCGACGUGUUUAUCGUCCGACGGAACCUGGAAACAAUCAAAAACCGAAAGAAAAACUUUUUUUUACUCUGAAUGGUAAAUGGUAAAACCAAGAACCGAUCAGCAAUUGUUUUGUGUUUAGUACUCGAGUUGUGCAAAUAAUUAAAAAAGAAAUCCAAUAACAUGAAAUAAGUGUAUGAAAUAACGUUUUCGGUUGAGUUAAUUAUUAAUUUUUCCGUACGAGAUGGAUGGGAUUUGCGAAGAACAAAUUAUUCCAAUUUCUUCAGAUGAGUGCGGACAAAGUGGUGGAGAACCGGACAGUGACGAAGACGUCAUCACGGAUUACCACCUGGACAUGUUGCCCAGGCCAGGACCACUUCCUACCAUAAGCGUUACACCACAUUCACCGGCAAACAAAACUUAUCCGGUGCUGGAAGACAGUUUACAAUAUGUCAGGGAAAUACAUGAAACGGUUCAACGUAUGCGAGAUGCAACAGUACAGAGCAAUCCAUAUCAGUCUCAUCACACAAAAGACUUUGCGAGCGCCUUAAAUCCGCUACUGGCACAAGUUGCGAGAUUGAGCGCGAGUUGUCCCGUUCUUAAUGAAGCCGUUCCCGAAUUGGAAGUGCUCGGGGGUUCUUUAGGAUCGUCACCACUUCACCAGUUACCCAGUCGAAAGGGAAGCGGCACUCAAGACUUUUUAUGUCAACCUGAUCCUCAAAGAAGACGAUCAUGGACUGCUCUCGAAGAUCUUACCGGAGCCAAAGACAAAAUCAAACCUGGCAGGCAGCGGAGUAUAUCAUUGAGCAGUAUGGAAUCGGAAGCGGACGAAUCUUCACUUAUAGAUAAUGUGGAUGGAAGAGCCCGUUUAUUAGGAACUGAUCCCGUUAUUGUUGGUAGAAGAGCAAGAACUGAGCGAAAUGGUGGAGCUAGUACACAUUCAUUAAAUGAAGCAGAUUUACAAAAUGACUUCAAUAAAAUUAAAGCAAAACGUGAGGCUGAACAACUUAGAUUGUUACCGGCUAGAUUACCGCUGCAAAAAUCUGUUUCAACACCAUCAAUCAUCGCCGUUAGAGAUUUGGCCCCGGAGCCAACACUCAGUGGAGCGCAACCUACACUUCCGAUCUUCGUGUCUAGGGGCCGUCCUAGCGGAACGGAGAGUGAAACGGAAGAAGAGGGCAGUAGGAUCGGUCGCGUACGUUACGACGGCCACCCAAUCGCGCAUCUUCACCAUGUGGAUUACAAUCAUUCUGAGAAGAGACGGAAACGUGGUAGUUUAUUCUUUAGAAAAAAGAAGGAUAAAAGCAAAAAAUUAAUUUCCCAUCAGUGGGUGUCCGGAUGCUACAGUUCUUCUAAUAAUUGUGAUUGGUGCAGUAAACCACUAAGCAAUAAACCUGCGCUUUAUUGUGAAAAUUGUAACACAACCGUUCAUCAAAAUACUUGUAAGGACAAUAUAGUUGAUUGCAAUAAACCAAAAAAUUCCAAGAAUGCUCCUAAAAUGACUAGUUUUGGUGUCCAAUUGCCGAAUUCAAAACAAAUAAUUGCCAAAAGAGGUUCCGGAUCACUUCCAACAAGCCAAACCAGCUCAAACAGGAGGAGUCAGCUGUGCUACUCGCCUUGGCGCAGGGUCGCCACCAAACUGGGAGUUAACCAAAUUCUUUCGGACGAAAAAGAAACCGAUCAUGGUCAUCACGACACUACAGUUUUUGCGGAUGAUGUUCCUUUAAUACAAUUAGAAUUUUUAUCUGAUACUCCAUUGACUGCAGCAGAUUUGUGCACUGAUUAUAGUUUAGGAUUACACGAGAGCGAACCUGAUUCUUGGACGCCACACGUCGGCAAAGAAAUCGCUAAAAAACUUAAAGAAAAAGAAGUUAAAAGACAAGAACAUAUUUAUGAAUUUAUUUUGACUGAAAAACAUCACUGCAUGACAUUACUGGUGAUGCAAAAAGUUUUCGUUGAAGGUUUAAAUAAAUACUUCCAAUUAGGUGCAAAUCUAGAACGUAUGUUCCCGAGAUUAAACGAUUUAAUUGAGAUGCAUUUAGCGUUAUUAUCAAGAUUACGUCAUAGACAAAGAGAAUCUCCAAUAGUUUCAACCAUAGCUGAUAUUUUACUUGAAGUUUUUUCUGAUCACCAUGCUUAUAAACUAAAAUCGGCGUAUGGAGAGUUUUGUAGUAGACAUAGAGAUGCUGUUGAGUUAUACAAAUAUUAUUUUCAUAACGAUGCGAGAUUUUCACAAUUUGUAAAACAUUGUCAAACAAAUCCUUUGUUAAAAAAGAAGGGAAUCCCUGAAUGUAUAUUAUUUGUUACACAACGUUUAACAAAAUACCCUUUAUUAAUCGAACCUUUAAUUAAAACAAGUAAAGAUAAUAAAGAAGAACAAGAAUCUUUACAAAAAGCUUUGGGUUUAGUUAAAGAAAUUUUGAUCGAAGUUGAUUCUCAAGUAGCGGAGAAAGAAAAAGAAGACAGAAAAAUUGAAAUUUAUAACAAAAUUGAUGCAAAAUCGUAUACGGUUCAUAGAGGUUUGAAAUUUAAAAAAUCCGAUAUUCUACAAGGAAACAGAUCGUUAAAAUUCGAAGGCGUUGCUAUGUUAAUGCAAGGAAGAGGAAAAAUGCAAGUAGUUUUAGUAAUUGUUCUUUCUGAUGUUUUAUUCUUCUUACAAGAGAAUUCACAAAAGUAUAGUUUUUUUACGCCCGAUAACAAAGCUGGAGUAGUUUCUUUACAAAAAUUAUUAGUGCGUGAAAAAGCCGGGCAAGAAUCAAGAGGGAUUUAUUUGAUUUCAUCGAAUCCUGCUGAUCCAGAAAUGUUUGAACUAAAAGUUCAUAAACCUAAGGAUAAACAAAUUUGGAUAUCAGCUAUAAGAGCUGCUGUUCAAAGUUGUCCAGAAGACGAAGAAGAAUCAAUCGCUUUGAGUUCUGAGGAGAAAAUGUUGAGCGCCAAACAAAAUCAAAUUAAACAUUUAGUCGAUGACGAAUCGGAUAUUAAAGGUUUAUUAAGACAAAAAGACGUCGAACAAGCUCUCCUAUUAGAAGAAAAAAUGGCUCUCCAACUUCGUCUUUUAGAAAUUGCAGGAUUAGAGCCUCCAUCACCACCGUCUUAUCGUCAUUUAGUUAGCGAGACUGCAGAUACUAGUCAAAUGUGGAAAGAAGUGCUGACAGCGGUUCAGGAAGUCAGUCAAUUGGCUAGUAGCCUUUACACAACCGGUACAAAUUUAUCAAGAAGUGUAAGUUCAGCGGGAGAACAUCACAGUGAAACUUACGUUUCACCAAUUCUUCCUAAAAGAGCCGAAACUUUCGGUGGUUUUGACAAUCCUCAAGCACCCAUUAAAUUGUUAGGGAAAAAAUUAAAUUCUUCAAGUGGAACUCCAGCUGGAACGCCAGACUUGGAGAACCUGCGCCCAGGUGAUAGUAAAUUAUUUGAACGUCUCCCCUAUAGAAACUGUGUUAUUUCAACUCCACCUUUAACAAACGGUGGUGUUCCUAGUUCAGAUCAACAUUUAGCAGCUCCCGAUAUUCCUGCAUUGUUGUCAUUAGGAAGAGAACAACAGUACGCCGCUGUUCAAUUAUCACAUUAUGUUUAUAAUUUAUUAUGUAUUAUUUCACAACUAAUGACUACAAAUGAAUGUUUACAAGCUCAAAUUUCCACAAUGAGAGGUGGGGGUGAUUCAAAAUAUAAACACAAUCAACAAUUGGAGGAGUUAAGAAAUCUACAAGAUAAAUUAACAGCGGAAAAAGCAGCUUGGAACGCAGCUAGAGAUCAAGAAGCAAGAGAAUUAGAAGAGAAAAAAAGCGAAUUAGCUAAGUUGCAAGAACAAAUUCGUGCUGAACAAUCGGAUAUAGCACAACAACGCGAACAACUCUAUCGAAAAAUGGAAAUUUUAACCAGUCAAGGUCUUUUAAUUUCGCCAAACGUAGCUUUACCGGUUGCGAGUCAAGUUGAUGAUAGCAGCAAUCAAAGUUCUGAAGAAAGUAGUCCUCAAUCGGAUAGCGCUUUUGUGACUACGACAUCCAGCGCGAGUAGCACAACCUCUCAUUCUACUGCAGAACGAAGAAAAGAUAGUAAAUGGUCAAAAGGAUCGACCAGUUCAUCAAAAUCUCAACUUCCUAUUAAUUUAAUUAGUACAACUAAUCAACAGAAAGUUUCUCAAGUUCCAAUUAAACAACAAAUUCCUCUUAAAUUAGCUUCUAGACUUAGUACAGGUAGCACUAGCUCUUCAGCAUCUUCCAUUGGACCACAACAGAUGUUACCUUUAAAAUUAAGUCAAGAGGAAAAAGUUAGAAGAACUAGUUCUGGUUAUCAAAGAUUAGGUUCUGAUAGUUUUAGUCCUACUUCAGGAGAAACUACUCCAACAACAAUUUAUUCACAUAGUAGGACCGGUUCAAGUCCAGCUAUGAUGCAAGCUUCGCCCCCCGGAUCUCAAACAUUACCAACGACAAGUUCUGUUCAUAAUACGAGUCCAAGCACGGGGGGCAGAGCAUCCCGGACGCACACUUAUCCGAAGAUACCAGAAAAAUUUAAGGUAAGGAGUGAGCAGCCACCGCCCACGGAUGAGGAGGUAAUAUAUUUUUGACGAAAAACGCUGAAUUUUUUCAGUUCUCUCAUCAAAGCAAAAGUUUAAUUAAAAAAAGUAAAUAAUUUUAAAAAGAUUUUUGAAUCUAAAUUACAAAAGAAUUUAUUCGAUCAGUCUUAGCUCAGUUUAAUAUUUUUUAAUGGUUUAUAAUAAGAAAGAAUUAUUUUAAAUGUUGUUAGUUGAAGUGAUUAGAAAAAUCGAACUGGGCAGAAAAAACCUACUUUUUAUAUAGAAAUCGUAGAUCGAAAUAUUUUUACUUGAAUAGCGGGAGUAUUUUAAAGUAGACAAAAAAGAAUUAUUAUAGAAAAAUUAAAAAAAUAAUAAUUAUAAAAGUAAAAACAACUUCAAAAAAUCUGUGAUUUAUCUACUCUAUUUUUUAUCGUUGCGAUUUUAUGAGAGUUGAAAUAAAAAACAGGUUUAGAAUCAUUUUUAACAAAAAAAAAUUAAACUUAAUUUAUAUUUUUUAAAAUUAGG